AGCAGGAUGAGUGGAUUAGGAGAAACUACCUUGGACGGCAUGACCAGUGAUUCAAGAAAGCGUAAGCCGUUGCCCUGUGAUACCCCGGGACAAGGUUUGAUCUGCAGUGGGGAGAAACGUCGACGUGAACAGGAAAGCAAAUAUAUUGAAGAACUGGCUGAACUGAUAUCUGCUAAUCUGAGUGACAUUGACAAUUUCAAUGUCAAACCAGAUAAAUGCGCAAUUUUAAAGGAAACUGUUAGACAGAUAAGACAGAUAAAGGAACAAGGGAAAACAGCUUCUACUGAUGAUGAUGUUCAGAAGGCUGACGUAUCUUCAACAGGUCAAGGAGUUAUUGACAAGGAUUCCUUGGGACCUCUUUUGUUACAGGCAUUAGAUGGCUUCUUAUUUGUAGUCAAUCGAGAUGGGAACAUUGUAUUUGUAUCUGAAAACGUUACUCAGUAUUUGCAAUACAAACAAGAGGACCUGGUUAAUACGAGUGUUUACAAUAUCUUGCAUGAAGAGGAUCGAAAGGAUUUUCUUAAAAACUUACCAAAAUCUGCAGUGAAUGGCGUUUCUUGGACCAAUGAAGCACCUAGACAGAAGAGUCAUACAUUUAACUGCCGCAUGUUGGUGAAAACCGUACAUGAUCUUCUGGAAGAUGUAGGGAACAACCCAGAGUCACAUCAGAGAUUUGAAACCAUGCAGUGUUUUGCAUUGUCUCAGCCAAGAGCUAUGAUGGAAGAAGGAGAAGAUUUGCAAUCCUGUAUGAUAUGUGUGGCCCGUCGUAUUUCUACAGUGGAAAGGGUAUUUUCUCCAAACACAGAGAGCUUUGUUACAAGGCAUGACCUUUCAGGUAAACUUGUUAACAUAGAUACAAACUCCCUAAGGUCCAUGAGACCGGGAUUUGAAGAUACAAUCCGUCGUUGUAUUCAGAGAUUUUUAUGUGCUAAUGAAGGACAGCCAUGGUCAAAUAAACGUCACUAUCAAGAAGCUUAUAUUCAAGGUCACUCUGAAACGCCCCUCUAUCGGUUCUCCUUAGCAGAUGGAACACUGGUGACAGCACAAACCAAAAGUAAACUGUUCCGAAAUCCAGUUACCAAUGACCGGCAUGGAUAUAUCUCUACCCAUUUCCUGCAAAGAGAACAAAAUGGAUAUCGACCAAAUCUCAGUACAGUUGGACAGAGCAUCAGAGCAUCUUCAACGGGGAACACAAAUUCAGUCAGUGGUGUGAUGAACAUGUCACCUGGGCAAAACAUGCCUAUGCAGAUUAGGAACUAUGGCAUGGGAGACCCCAACUUAAUGGGACAGAUGGGUGGAGCUAGAUAUGGAGGUCCUGGAAAUAUGGGAUCAGUGAACUCUGGACAACCACUGCAGUCUUCUCCCUAUCAGAGCAAUAACUAUGGAUUAAAUAUGAGCAGUCCACCACAUGGCAGUCCAGGCUUGAAUUCCAGUCAGCAGAAUUUAAUGGUGUCUCCUAGGAAUCGUGGGAGUCCAAAAGUGAAUUCACAUCAGUUUUCUCCUGUAGCAGGUGUGCACUCUCCAAUGGGAUCUGCCAGCAACACAAACAGCACCAACUUUUCAAGCAGCUCACUUAGUGCUCUUCAGGCCAUUAGUGAGGGAGUUGGAACUUCUCUUUUGUCUACGCUUUCUUCACCAGGACCCAAACUAGAUAACUCUCCAAAUAUGAAUGUUUCACAGCCAAGUAAAAUGGGGAACCAGGAUUCUAAAAGCCCUCCUGGGUUGUUUUGUGAACAAAAUCAAGUGGAGAGUUCUGUGUGUCAGUCAAACAACAGGGAGUCCCUUAGUAGCAAAGAUAUCAAAGAGGAGAACCUUGAAGGCUCAGAGCAAAGGGGGGCACCUGAGAGUAAAGGCCAUAAAAAGCUCCUUCAGUUACUAACUUGUUCUUCAGAGGAGAGGGGGCAUUCAGCACUGUCAAAUUCUCCCUUGGAUUCUAGUUGCAAAGAACCUUCUAUGAAUGUCACUAGCCCUUCAUCAGGAGUUUCCUCUUCUACAUCUGGAGGAGUGUCGUCUUCAUCAAAUAUGCAAGAGAAGCAUAGGAUUUUACAUAAGUUGUUGAGGAAUGGUAAUUCUCCAGCAGAAGUUGCCAAAAUCACAGCUGAAGCUACUGGUAAAGAUACGUACUAUGAUAGCAGCAAUUCUGCUUCCUGUGGUGAAGGAGCAGUCAAACAGGAACAGCUGAGUCCAAAAAAGAAAGAGAACCAUGCUCUUCUGAGAUAUUUACUUGACAAGGAUGAUGGAAAGGAUAUUUCAAAAGAGAUAAAACCUAAAAUAGAAAGUUUGGACAGCAAAAUGGGACAGUGCAGUAGUUCUACUGUGCCUACUUCGAGCCAAGAUAAAGAGAUGAAAAUAAAAACAGAACCCACAGAAGAGAUGGGUGGAGAUUUGGUCGAUAAUUUAGAUGCAAUUUUGGGUGAUCUGAGUAGCUCAGAUUUUUGCAGUAAUCCCAUGUCUAUGAAUGGCAGUAAUAUGGGAAACAAACAACUGUUGUGUCAAGGAAAUUUACCACUGGGUAUGAGAAGUCCACAGUCUGUACAGACUACCCGUCCUCCUUUCAACAGAGCCAUGUCUUUAGAUAGUCCUAUAUCUGUGGGCUCAAGCCCACCUGCGAGAAAUAUCAAUGCGUUUUCCAUGUUACAAAAGCAGAACAUGAUGGGUGGAAGCCCAAGAAUGAUUGAAAACCAGGAAAAUUUUGGAGCAAAUAUAGGUGGCUGUAACAGAAAUGUGACUAUGAAUCAAAGUUCAGGAGGUGACUGGAGCCUGCAGAACCCGAAGGUUAGCAGGAUGGAACCUGCGAGUUCGGCUCCAGUAGCAAGGCCGGGACCAGACUGCAAUCCAUCACUUUCCAGAUCUACAAUGGGAGGAUCCAUGCCUGGUUUACCCAUGAGGUCAAACAGUAUGCCUGGCACCAGAUCCGUGCUCCCACAACAAAUGAUUCAUAUGAGAUCAAAUGAUAUUAAUAUUGGUAUGGGAGGGAAUCCUUAUGCACAUCCAGCACCGUCUAACCAGACAAAUUCAUGGCCUGAAAGUAUGUUAUCUAUGGAGCAAGGACCUCGAGGUUCUCAAACCAGGCCGCUAGUUAGAAAUACUUUGGAUGAUUUCUUAUAUAAUGUUCCAAAUGUCGAUGGCCAGAGUGAUGAAAGGGCUCUUCUAGAUCAACUGCACAUGUUGCUAAGUAAUACAGAUGUCACCAGCCUGGAAGAAAUUGAUAGAGCCUUAGGGAUUCCUGAUCUCGUAAAUCAAGGACAAGCUUUGGAACCCAAGCAAGAAUCAUUUCAUGGCCAAGAAUCCACAGUGAUGAUGGAUCAAAAGCCUCCCCUGUAUGGUCAGCCCUACCAGGGGCAGGGUGCAGCAAUGCCAGGAGGUUUUACUGCCAUGCAGGGCCAGCAGCCGUCCUUUAACUCUGUGAUGAAUCAAAUGAACCAACAGAAUAAUUUCCCAUUGCAAAGUAUGCAUCCCAGAGCAAACAUGAUGAGGCCCAGGACUAACACGCCAAAGCAACUCCGCAUGCAGCUGCAACAGAGGCUUCAAGGGCAGCAGUUUUUGAAUCAGACACGUCCAGCACUGGAUAUGAAAAUGGAGAACCCCAACCCAGGCAGUCCAUCAGUGAUGAGACCUGUUAUGCCCCCCCAAAUGGGGUCACAACAAGGCUUCCUUAAUGCUCAGAUGGUGGCUCAGCGAAACAGAGAGCUAAUAAGUCACCACAUCAGACAGCAGAGAAUGGCGAUGAUGAUUCAGCAGCAACAGCAACAACAACCUCAGGCCUUCAGCCCCCCUCCAAAUGUAACUGCCUCAGGCAGCAUGGAUGGUUCUGUUGCAGGCCCUCCAAUGGCUCCAGUCCCACCCCAGCAGUUUUCAUACCCAACCAACUAUGGAAUGAGCCAGCAGCCAGAUCCAUCUUUUAACAGAGUAUCAAGCCCUCCAAAUUCCAUAAUGGCUCAAAGAAUCGGACCCUCUCAAAAUCCCAUGAUGCAGCAUCCUCAGGCAACACCCAUGUAUCAGUCCCCUGAGAUGAAAGGCUGGCCAUCAGGAAACAUGGCCAGGAGCAGUUCUUUUCCACAGCAGCAGUUCAGUCAUCCCGGGAACCCUGCAACCUACAAUAUGAUGCAUGUGAAUGGCAGCAGUGGUCACAUGGGACAAAUGAACAUUAAUGCUAUGCCUAUGUCAGGAAUACCCAUGGGGCCAGACCAGCAGAAAUAUUGCUGACACUUACAACUACAGUCUCCCAGCAGACAGAUGCCACAGAUUGUGGUGAGCUAGUGUAACAGAAAAGUGUGCACAUACUUCAUGGCAACAAGUCCUGGCCUUACGGAAAUACCACAUUUUCCAGCUUAAUAUGAAGAUGUUCUUAAGUGACUUUAUAAGUUAUGAAUGGGGAGAGGCAAAGUGUCUAUUACUAUAGGAUGUGGUGUAUAAAGAAUGGUCAAAUGAAUACUGUUUUUGGCACUCUGCCUCUAGCAGUGCUUUUGAGUAAAAGUGAUGGGUAGACUUUGUGUAUGACCAGUUCUGUUUACCAUAGCUAUCCAAAGCCCUUAACUGUAGGCAGACCAACGUGCCUGAAGAAAUCUUGUAAACUGUUUGAGUUCUCUGGUAAGAGCCUCUGACAGAAUGUAGUUCCUGCCCUUGAUCUAGGGGAAAAAAAUCACCACUCCAAAACCUCUCUGAACAUUUAUGCUACUGUUACUCUUACCUGUAGAUGUUGAGAUGCUGUGCAAGAGGCAGUGAAAAUGAGAACAGGAUCUGUAUCUUACCCUUUGAUGCCAAAGGGUUACAAAGAAAUUUAAAUAUAUAAUCAUGGUAAAUAUUUCUAUAUUGAUGUGCAGCUGUGUGCACUUUAUAAAAUGCUGAACAUAAUGGGUAAAUGCAAUAUCUUAAAUAAAAAAAUGAUGGCUAUAAAAAGUGUGUUCAAUGCCCCCUUUCAAACCCUGUGUAAAUUACAAUUGCACAAAAUGCCUCUUGCGUAUAAAUCUGAGCAAUAAUUGUUCAUCUUUUUGCCAUUAAACUUCAGAAAAUUCAAGGCAAGGCAUUGCAGUCUGAAGAGAAAAUACUUUGUGAAUAAAUGUUGUAAAUAUCUCAAGAUGUUGUACUCUAUACACACACACACACACACACACACACACAUAUAUAUAUGACUUUUGUAGAUCACUAACUCAUUUUUGGAGAGUUUGUGAAGCUAAAUAUGUAACAAAGAGAAUUUCUGUAAACUCAGUUCAAAUUUGUUCAAAUAGAAGAUUUUUUUUUUAUUUAAAUGGUUUCAGCAUUGGGUGACUGUGGCCCUGAUCUUUGACAGUUUAUUUACAAUUUGAUGGAAUAGCUUUUUAAAAGAUCAUUUGUUUAAAGUGCACUUUGUUACUUUUUCUUAGAGGGCAAUUUGAUGACAAAAUGGCUUUUUUAGCUGUCAUAAUUUGUGAACUUUUUAAUACAACUUGUAUUUCCAAUUUGAGAGCCUCUGCUCUAGGGCAUUUGGUUAAUUUUUAAUUAAGCCUUAUUGUUCUGAACAUGUUUGUAUGUUUUUAAACUUCUCUUAUCAGAAGACACAUGAUACAAAAAUUUCCGAAAUUCUUUAACAAAAUUAAGCAGGUGUUACCACAUUUAAGUACUAUACUUGUAACAGAUACAUUUAUUUUCAGGCGGUUUCAUUCAUAACAAUGUUUAAAGUUGGAGGUUAGAACAAAAUAUCUCAAUUUUCUGAUCAUUUAAUGUCAUACAAUCAAGCUUAUAUUGAUGGAUUCAGUUUUAGCACAAGUUGUAGCAAUUUGUCACAGGAUCUUUCUAUGGAAAGAAAGUGUCUGAAGCGGUUUUUUUUUAAAACUAUUUCUACUGCAUAUUCAAGUUAGUUCCUCCUGAAUGAACUAUCAAGUUUAUUAUUUGGUUUGUAAUGAAGGUUUAGGUUCAUUUUGUGGAAGAUCAGAGUUUUGUGAAUUUAUCUUAAUGACAAAGAGUCUCUUGUGCAGAAAUUGUUCUGUUAUCCCCAGAAAGCUGCUACAGUCCUGGAUCCAGGUUUUUUAAAUGCUGCCUGUUCUGUGUGAAUUCUAUCUAGCUACUGUAUUAACUCCCAGUAAUGUUAUGUUUCAAAUACCCAGGCUCUGAUUCAGAAUUCUCUGUGUGUUCCGAUGAGAACAUGGAGUGAGUCCUUAUGCACCCAAAAGCUUUCUUACUGACUGUUCCUCCCGCCCCGCCCCCCCCAAGUGAAUCAGUUUGUUUUCACAUAUUGGUUUAUUUGUUUUAUGGACGUUUUAAAUGUCAUAACAUGCCUUGAAUUCUUAACUAAUGAAAUAAUUUUUUAAAGCUUAAAUGGAAGAAAACAGUGCAAGAUAGCUGUCCCAACAUCUAAGUCAACAAGAAAGGUCUUGUGCUCCAUGUGUAUAUUGGAGAUUUUCAUGCAUACAAGGUGCCUGAAGUGUAUUUUUCUAGUUUGUACUGAAUGUCCUACCAGUAAAGUGAGAGUAGCUUUCCCCCUCAGAAGCCCCUGAUAAUGCCAGCCCUAGUACAUUCUCAUAUUCAGACUCCGAGAGCAUAUAAAGAUGUUUCAGAAUGCUCAGGUGGUUCAUGAUACUGAUGAAUGCUGGUGGCUUGGGUUAAAUGUGACUUCCUACAUUGUAUUCUAUUAGUGCUUGCCCUUUUUCAUUUUGAGUGAUUGUUUGUAUUUCUGAAAUGAGGUGAGGUGGUACCUGCUGUUCGCUAGUUAAUCUGUUCUUUAGGAUGUUAUAUUUUUAAGGUUUGUACUUCUUGCUGAAUCCAAAGAAUUUAAUUUCAACUUGAUAAAAAUUAAAUCAGACCUUGCGUGGAAACCAACAGCGCUUUGGGCAGUGCUAAUUCAGAUUAUCACAUCUAGCAUCAAGUCUGAAUACACAGACCUUCAUUUAUAUUGCAAUGCAAUAUUUCUAGUAACUGGAGUGUGGAUUAUAUACGGUGUGGUCAGCCUAAAUAACAGCAAACAUAGUUGAAUGGGACAAUGAAGUUAGUUUAGUGUUGGUUCUGUAGAGGUCACUGGGCUGGAUUCUAUGUACCAUAAGUACUGUGGCUCUUGUGAAGUUGAACUUUCCCCUUCGUUUUCUGGCUGCAGUCAGCUGUGCUGCUUGAAAUCCUGCUCCUUGGGAGCAGGAAUUUUUUGGGGUGGGCAGGGGUCUUCAGUGAGAGGGAGGAAUCAGCAGAAAUCUUGCAUGAGUAGAGCCAAGACACAGAGUUCAUCCCAAAGUACCACUUCUAUAGAAAUUAUCAAAGAGAAUUUUGUUGAAAAAUACACUUAUCUACCUUAUUUUAAUUUGUGCUUUUAAAAUGGUAAAUGAGAAGCAUUUUUUCAGCUGUAAGAAAGCUAUUUGUUGCACAGAUUAGCACGCAUGGUGUAAUAGCAGACUGUCAGUUGACAGUGGUGCAGCAAACAUAAAACAGUUCAACUGAGAGCAAUAUUUUUAAAUAUCUCAGGAGAAAGGCAUAUACAGUAUUGAGAAUUGACUAUAAAGUUAGUUUACAUUAAAUAUUGCUUGUAAUAAUCUUUACAUCACAGAAAAAAAGCCUUUUGUGGGUUGAUCUAUUAAAAAGUUUGGUUAUAUGGUCUGUUUUUGAUUUUUGUUUGUUUGAUGUUAAUAAUGUAAAUAAAGGUUUCUAUUUGAAACUGGAA